CUAUUUCUUCCGAAAUCAGUAUUCUCAACGGCCAGCUUCAUUUCAAGCCUCGCUCUCCCUUUCCUCGUCCUACAUCAGUCGCUACCCUCACGAAGCUGGUCGUUCCCUAUUCAUCUACAAUUUCCUGCACUUCAGCCUCUCGCGAUCCCGUUUAAGCUCGACGCUCCGCCCAAAAGCCUUCGAUCCCAUAGCCCCACGAGCCUAUCGACGGAUCGAGCACAGUCUGAUAUAAGUCCACUGGCUGCGGCACGGUCGGAAGAGCAGCGACACGCCACAAUUCGUGCUCUUAAGGCUUGAAGUGUUUAUCUCGAGAAUUGCGGAAUGGCAGGGAGUACGGGGCGCGAGCCGGCGAAGACGCCGAGCCGUCCAAAUACAGCACCUUCCAAGAAGCUUCAACCCAGGACAACGAUCAAGAAGCUUCCUUGGCUUGAUGGCAAAUCCUCACCAGCUGUCACAACCUCGCCUCCGGUCCUCAAAGCCGGCGCAGCAUCUCGGACUAGGGUUCACCCUUCUCCGCAGCAACCGCCAAGUGGCCGAUCUACGCCCUCGCCCUUGUCGAGACACCCUACAACAGUAUCCGUGGACGCUGACCCAACGAUACGUCAAAUAGGCUCAAGCCCUACCUUGCGCCGGAAGCCAACGGUGACUACAAGUGAACGACGAGUCUUUUCUGCUGGAGCCCACAACCUUUCUCCAGCAACCAGGACUGGGGUGUCUCAGAUUCGCCCUCCAUCUGUUAUUCGCACCGCAGCAUCACCACUGAGGACUGUCGCCUCAGGUCGUCCAGAAUUUUCACACGAGCCAAGAAAGCGGCUUUCCAUCGUCAAUAUCGAGGAGGCUGAUGAUCUAGCUGAAGACGUACGUCCCCGCGGCGACAGCCUCGCCCCUGUGCCCGGCCACCUGGAACGAGUUGAGACGCCCGAUUCUGUCAUUCGAGUCGUCCAGCGCGAUUUACAUAUGUCCUCGCCGCCACAUGUAAUUAAAUCCGUCCAGAUGUCGCCUACACAGCCAGUUCCGAGACGCAAUCCCUUUGAGACAGUGAAUCAAAGAAGGCUCAGCAAUGCCAUCGAAGGACUGGAAGAGCUUGUUGAAGAGGCGGUCGUGACCGCAGACCAUACCACAGAUCCGGGCCAAGUGGAGGAGAUAUACGAAAUCAUCGAGGAUGCCCGUAACGCUAUCCAGGAAGCGUCGGGCGCCCCAACCCAUCGUAUGAUGCGAACUUCUUCUCCUCUCGAGGUUUCGAGUUCCUCUGAAGAAGUCUCCGAUUCUUCGCCCGAUACCUCUGAUUCCGUUUUUGUAUCCCCACAGGCAUUCCCACCUGAAUCCAGUAGGACAAAACCCGCUCUUCCGGUGCAGGGAAACGUCUAUGAACAUACGAUAUUGUCGACUGGACCCCGGUUGCGACACGAACGAGGAGGCUCAGAUGCCAUUGACUGGGCUUAUCAGAAUCGCAAUGAUCGGGCAGAAGAUGGAGCGUCGGCGUCGUCAUCCGAAGACAGCGAUACCUCGCGAGGACGGUCCCGCUUUAGUACAGGAAGCGAUCUGUUACUUCCACCACAGCCUGUGCAAGCGGGGCCUCGAGACCAUGUUGAUUUUGUGCUUCGCCCAACGGUCAAUCGCGAGCACUCUCGCGGACGCUCGCCCAGACGUAGAACGAGCGCUUCUCCAGCCCGAAGGCGACAUCGCCAUCCUAGAAGCUUCAGGAGUCAUGAUCGCUCGAGAUCUGUGCGUAGACGUCGACCACCUAGAUCCUCCAGUUUCAGCCAGUUUGACACCUCGUUUGACGAAGAAGACCUACAUGUUGCUGGUAAACCGCACGGCAUCAGACGCUAUGGGACUGAACUCCAUGUGCGCGAUCAGGCACACCAUCACACGUUCAGCCUCCGUCGAAAUCACCGCAGACAGCCCAUCGCCAGGAAUUGGAGGACCGGCAAGAAGCGUAUUGCUGCGACGAUUGCUUGUAUCAACACGGCUUUGCUGGGCAUCAUUGUUGGCAUCUAUGCAGGCGAAGUUCCGCGUAUCCAGUACAUGCUUGCUGAUGAGAGCCAUAAUGUGAUCAUUGGCAACGUGGUGCUCUAUGCUGGUCUGGCCAUAUCGACCUUCAUUUCGUGGCCACUUCCUCUCCUGCACGGGCGCAAACCCUACAUACUCGCCUCUCUAGCUCUAGCCAUGCCCCUCCAAUUCCCGCAAGCACUCGUUGUCGGCGAAAGACGCUCCCCCAACAACCCCGGCUUCAGAACUGGGCUACUCGUCGCUCGUGCUGUUUCUGGCCUCGUCCUUGGUUUUGCCAAUGUGAAUUUCAUCGCUGUCCUUUUGGACCUCUUUGGAGCGUCACUGCAGAGUAAGCACCCGCAUCAAGAGUUUACCGUUCCAAGCGACGUCCGACGGCACGGUGGCGGCAUGGGUAUAUGGAUUGGCAUCUGGUCCUGGUGCGCUAUCGGUUCUCUUGCCGUCGGCUUCCAGAUUGGUGCUGGCAUCAUUGAGUCGCUCACACCGGACUGGGGCUUUUAUAUCGUCAUCAUGAUCCUUGCGGCCGCUCUCGUCCUCAACGUUAUAGCGCCUGAAACUCGUCGCUCUGCAUACCGCCGCUCAGUCACCGAAGUCUACGACCGCGACGAGAACUACAUCACCCGCCGCGUAGCCCGCGGCGAGAUCAAACUCCACAUCUCGACCGAAGGCCCCAAGUACUGGUUCGAAGAAAUGUGGGCUGGCAUGAAGCUCCUCGUGAUGAUGAUGUGCCAGCCUGGCUUUCUCGUCCUUGCCUUCUACCUUGGCUGGAUCUAUGCCCAAAUCGUCCUCGUUAUCGUACUCCUUGGCGCUCUGCUCUCCCGCGACUACAAGUGGCAUCCGCGGUACGUUGGCCUGGGCGUCAUGUCUAUUGCCAUCGGCGCCCUCCUCGCUAUCCCUCUAACAAAAGCUGGCAUCUUUUCCCGCGAGCGGAAACGCCCAUUCCGCACAGACAGCAUGACCUUCCAGAAGCAACUAACUUGGUCCUCGCAUCUCGUCCGCCGCGUAAUCUUCACUUUGACCCUCCCACUCAUGGGUCUCGCAUACACUGUUUCCUCAGCCGGCCGCCCAAAACCCUACAUGGUCCCCAUCGUCUUCGCCGGCGCAGUGGGCUUCCUCUCCAUUCUCGCAAUCGCUGAGUGCCACGGCCUGAUCAUGGAGACAUUCGACACAUGCGAUCUCCAACCAGGCGAAAACACACGCCAUCGUUUGGAAUCCAUGGCCGUCCAAGACCGCCGCAGAAGAACAAAUUACUCGUCCUUCCCGCGCGUCAGCGCCGGCAUCUUCGCCAGCCAAACCCUCGCCUUCAUCGGCGCCGCCAUUGCCACCGAAGUCGGCGGCAUAAUGACGCGACACAUUGGCGCGCAGGCCUCCACCGGUGUCACCGCGGGUAUCCUUCUCUUCCUGACUAUCCUGCUCACACUUGUGCUUUGGCGCUUCAAAGAGGUGCAGGUUAUUCCGAACCAUACGUUUGGCACGCGCCGCGACACGAAGGCGUGGGAGGAGUUUCGCGAGUUGGAGAAGGAAGGGAGGGGUGCGGAUUGGAAGGCGGUCGUUAUUGGGAAUCCAAGUGGCAAGAUGCGUAGGAUGAGUGUGCUGGAGUUGGGGGCGCUCUCGAGGUGGACGGAGAUUCGCAAGUUGAAUUUUUUGAUUAGAGGGAGCGAGAGGAGGAGAAAGAGAGAUGAUUGGGCGGGGGGUUGGUAGGUAGAUUGAUGGAUGGCGUCAAGAACUUUUGGAUGAGGGAUUUGCGGUAAAGUUGCAAGAUUGAUCGACCAUAGACGGAUGCUCCUGGGAGUGUGUUGAAGUAGGUGAGAUGGUGUUACCCCCUCAUUUUGUCUCUUGGACGAGCAAGCAACCAAGGGCUGCUUUAUAGUAGCU